AUGUCUAAUAUGAAUGCAAUCACAAAAGCAACACGCGCAAUAGCUAAAAGACCAUUCAGGGUUUCUAUUGAAGGCAAUAUUGGCUCAGGCAAGUCCACUUGCAUCAAGUUCUUUGAUAAAUACCCCAAUGUCGACAAACAUGGUGAACCUCUUAAUGAGUGGCGCAAUGUCAGUGGUCACAACCUGCUUGGCUUAAUGUACAGUGACAUAAACAAGUGGACAUUUCCAUUCCAGCACUAUGUACAUCUCAGCCGACUAAAGAUUCAAACCAGUGCCCCUAGCAACCCUAAUAUCACUGUUAAAAUGUUUGAAAGGUCAGUGCAAAACAGCCGGCAUUGUUUUGUGGAAAAUGCAAAGAAACAGAAUUUUCUAGAAGAUCCUGAGUACCAAACAUUGAUAGCCUGGUUUGAUUAUACAGAGAAGUGCCUAGAUAUUAGUUUGGACCUUAUAGUAUAUUUGAGGACUACACCUGAAGUAGUGUUUGAGAGAGUGAUUAAACGUGGAAGAGCUGAAGAAUCAGAAGUGUCCUUAGAAUAUUUGCAAGAAGUCCAUGAUUCAUAUGAACACUGGCUCAGUUUGCCGGACGUAGGCUGUGAAGUGUUGACGAUUGACGCCAACAGAGGGCUUGACUGUGUUAUAGAAGAUUUGGAAAGAUAUUCCUACAAGAUUUUAGGUGGAAAUCAUACAAAUUGA